CAGCAAGUGCAACUGUUAGAAUUCUCCAAGUCAGAAGAUCUGACUCUGAAAAGUACCCUAAGUUUGUUUUGCUAUGGGGUUGUUCAAUGUCACUCACCCUGCAUUCUUCCUCCUGACUGGUAUCCCUGGUCUGGAGAGCUCUCACUCCUGGCUGGCAGGGCCCCUCUGUGUGAUGUACGCUGUGGCCCUUGGGGGAAAUACAGUGAUCCUGCAGGCUGUGCGAGUGGAGCCCAGCCUCCAUGAGCCCAUGUACUACUUCCUGUCCAUGUUGUCUUUCAGUGAUGUGGCCAUAUCCAUGGCCACACUGCCCACUGUACUCCGAACCUUCUGCCUCAAUGCCCGCAACAUCGCUUUUGAUGCCUGUCUAAUUCAGAUGUUUCUUAUUCACUUCUUCUCCAUGAUGGAAUCAGGUAUUCUGCUGGCCAUGAGUUUUGACCGCUAUGUGGCCAUUUGUGACCCCUUGCGCUAUGCAACUGUGCUCACCACUGAAGUCAUUGCUGCAAUGGGUUUAGGUGCAGCUGCUCGAAGCUUCAUCACCCUUUUCCCUCUUCCCUUUCUUAUUAAGAGGCUGCCUAUCUGCAGAUCCAAUGUUCUUUCUCACUCCUACUGCCUGCACCCAGAUAUGAUGAGGCUUGCCUGUGCUGACAUCACUAUCAACAGCAUCUAUGGAUUCUUUGUUCUUGUAUCUACCUUUGGCAUGGACCUGUUUUUUAUCUUCCUCUCCUAUGUGCUCAUUCUGCAUUCUGUCAUGGCCAUUGCUUCCCGUGAGGAACGCCUCAAAGCUCUCAACACAUGUGUGUCACAUAUCCUGGCUGUACUUGCAUUUUAUGUGCCAAUGAUUGGGGUCUCCACAGUGCACCGCUUUGGGAAGCAUGUCCCAUGCUACAUACAUGUCCUCAUGUCAAAUGUGUACCUAUUUGUGCCUCCUGUGCUCAACCCUCUCAUUUAUGGCGCCAAGACAAAGGAAAUCCACCGAGCCAUUUUCCGCAUGUUUCACCACAUCAAAAUAUGACUUUCACACUUGGCUUUAGAAUCUGUUAUUUUGGCCAUAGGCUC